GGCAGAGCGGCAGAAGAAGAGAAGCAAGACAGAUUUGCGUCCCACGAAACCUUUAACUGUAGUCCAGCAUGACGCUUUUAUGGUUGCUGGGACUAAAUCACAGGCGACCGCAAGGUUCCCAGUAAUUUUCAGUGACUGGAGAUUGAAGAGUUCUGUUAAGGGAUAGCGAAGCAGAUAAAAUGUCUCGCUGGAUUUGGUGCCCGUUGCUGGUGUUUCUUCUCUUCUUGUUCAAAGUUCAAGCUCAAGUCGAAAACCGGGUGAUUUUCCUGCCGGGGACGUUCCAGAACGUGAACGUCUCACAGAAUGAGACAGUGCAGCUCAUGGUGUCCAGGAUCCCUGUGGAGAUCGCCUUCAUCACUCUGCAGUUCCACACGCUGUACCGCAACGCCACGCUCUCCUACACGAGGAUGCCAAGUCAGGAUCAGUCUCUGACGGCGGUGGACUCUGGGCUGCUGUCGGCCCUCCUGCCUGACCAGUCGUCGCUCUCCUUGUUCCUGUCUUCUCCUGGCGGCGACACCGUGGCGGGCACCGGUGUCAUCCUCCCGUACUCCGGCUCUGACCCAGUCCCUGGAGCCUGUAACAUGGAGUUUAACCUGAACACGGAUCCAAACAUCUACAUCCAUUACAACCUCUAUGAAACCACCAUCCAGUUCGCGCCUGCAAAUUUAGGAUAUGAGAGAGGUCAAACUCCUCCGGCCUGCGACGAAUCCACAGAAAGCAACACCCGCUGGCGGCUGCAGUAUGACGUCUACCAGUACUUCCUGCCUGAGAACGACCUAUCGGAGCGCAGCCUCUUCAGUGGAAUUCAGGCCGUGGCCGACAUACAGGGCAUGACGACGAGCGGCAGACGGGUCAUGACGCUGCUGUCCACAGAUAAGAGCAUGAUGGUCUUCAACUCCAUCCCUGGUCAGGGCGUCAUCUACUCGGUCAUCGUCAGAGAUCCCGUGUUAAACACGUCGGCCGCCUACGUGCCCGUCCACACCUACGCCUGCAGCUUCGUGUCCACUAUGGAUGGCUGUCAGACUCUUGGAAAGAUAUCUACAAAAAUCUUUUUUACCAUCACGGGCUUGGCAGGCCUGUUUGUCUGCUUCUUUGGCCAUCGAUUCUUCAAAUGUGAGCUGUUCUGCAUGGGAUUCAGCUUUGCGGCGUUCUUCUUUUUCAUUCUCAUCACGAGGACCACAGAACUGGACUACAACAUCCGCCUGGCUGUGUCUGCUGUGGUUGGCGUGUUGGGCGGAGUUAUCCUGGUGAUGAGCUGGUGGCGCUUUGGUUCCGUCAUGGCCUGUGUCAUCGUGGUCGGCCUGAUGCUCGGCUUCCUCGUCGCCUCCACUGUGCUCUUCACUCCAAUUGGUGACCUUGACGUGUUCAGGAACUCAGAUGUGGUUUUCUGGGUGACGUUCUGCUGCAUUAUGAUUGUCAUUCCUCCGUUCUUCGUGCGGUGGCCCAGAGAGGGGAACAUCACCACAUGCGGAGUUGUCGGUGCAUACGCUGUCAUUCUCGCCGUCAACGCCUACAUUUACACCAGCCUCUCCUACAUCACUCUGAACAUCCUCAAACGCUUCCUCAACAACAACUUCAGCGCGGUGUUCACCGACGUGCCGUUCCAAAUCAUCGAUUACAUCAUGAUCACCAUGUGGGUGGUGCUGGGCGUGUGCGGCAUUGUCCUGCAGCUCUACCGCGAGCGCUCCCGGCCAUUCUUCCCCCCAAGCCCAUACCUCAUGUGGCUGCAGGAGCGCGAGCGCCGCAAGACCAACGUCCUGGACCCGAGCCACCACUUCCCCUCGCUGCCCAGCCGCAUUGUGGAACGAGCGCGGCAGCUCGUGCAGCGGAGGGAGCCGGCAGGAGAGCACACGCCGCUGCUCCUGUAAACCGAUGGCACCCACAGAUGCGCUCCCAACCAGAGAGAUCCUGAUGGAGGAUUUUUUUUUAGACCGGGUGAUGCUCAGGUUGCCAGUUAGAAAGGAAACGGCAGCAGUGGCUUUCCUCAUGAAGCACUCUGGGAUAAUUGAUAUUAAUGACAAUACACACCUCAGAGGAAGAGUCUGUCAACUAACACCACUUUUAUUAAACACUUGAAUGACGUUAAACCGGUGGAGAAGAACCGAACUUGUUAAUGACUGAAAGUGCGGCCGCUUCUGCUUAUUGUUUGCACUAAAAUCACAAACCACUACUGUUUUUUUUGUUUGUUUUUUUACCCAGCAAGGUGUCUCACCUUGUCAGAUUUGGAUUAUUUUUACACUUUUUUUUUUUUUUUUUUAUAAUGCCAAAACAGAUGAUUUAAUCACCACUUUGUAGCCCAGCUUAAAGAUGAGCCUUCACAUCUACUGAAUCCUCUAACAUUUAGAAGAUGAGGUCUUUGUGAUGAUCUGAUCUGAAUAUGAAACUAAGCAUAUUUUUAGCCUUCUUUUUUCAACGUCUUGCUUGUUUUGUUUUGACUGGACUGAAACUCAGCGAUCCAGUCAGUGUUUUUGUACUUUGCACACGGAAAUUUAAUAUAUUUAAUUCCUCUUGCUGUCAAGGAGCUAAUUGUAUGUGAAUGUGUUGAAACUUGAGCUGGUGUACCUCGACGUUUCUCAGGGUUUCACACGCAGCUUUUAGGCUACUGACAAGCACCCAGAGAGAGAUGAAGCCUUCGAUUUUUAACCCCCCCUCCAAAUGUCUGUUGGAGUUUUAUUAAAGUAGAGUGGACUUCUUUGGUCUUGAGAUUUUAAAAGUUAAGAUUUUAAUUAGAUAAAUUGUAGUUGAAUGUGUUUUGAUAUUAAAUAAACGGCCUACAGGCGAAACAUGA